UCAGCAUGCAGGGUAGCUCCAGGAGAACGGGCACCAUGACUGAUGUCCACCGGCGGUUCCUCCAGUUGCUGAUGACUCACGGAGUGCUGGAGGAAUGGGAGGUUAAGCGCUUGCAGAAGCACUGCUAUAAGGUCCAUGACUGCAACGCUCCUGUGGAGAAGUUGGAGGACUUCAUCCACAACAUUAACAGCGUCUUGGAGUCCUUGUAUAUUGAGAUAAAGAAAGGAGUCAGCGAAGAUGACGGGAGACCCAUUUAUGCGCUGGUGAAUCUUGCAACAACUGCGAUCUCCAAAAUGGCCUCAGAUUUUGCAGAGAACGAACUGGAUUUGUUUAGAAAGGCUUUGGAGCUGAUUAUUGACUCGGAAACCGGCUUUGCCUCUUCCACAAAUAUUUUGAAUGUGGUUGAUCAACUUAAAGGCAAGAAGAUGCGGAAGAAGGAAGCUGAGCAGGUGCUGCAGAAGUUCGUACAAAACAAGUGGCUGAUUGAGAAGGAAGGCGAGUUCACCCUGCACACCCGGGCCAUCCUGGAGAUGGAGCAGCACAUCCGGGAGACGUACCCCGACGCCGUGAAGAUCUGCAACAUCUGCCAUGGCCUCCUCAUCCAGGGUCAGAGCUGCGAGACCUGUGGGAUCAGGAUGCACUUGCCUUGUGUGGCCAAGUAUUUCCAGUCGAAUUCCGAGCCGCGCUGCCCCAACUGUAACGACUACUGGCCCCAUGAGAUCCCAGAAGUCUUCGACCCUGAGAAGGAGCAGGGGGCUGGGCUCUCCAAACCCAGCAGGAAGUCCCUGCGGCCCAGGCAGCACUAGCGACGUCUGCGGGCCCGGCUGGAAGACCCUGUGCCUCGAGUUCACACGCGUCACCUCCUUCGAGCUUUAUUUUCCCUUAUUAGCAGGUUUGAAAUAAAACUUCACCGCA